GCUUCUUGAAGAACAAUUAUCGCACUGCAACAACAGCCACCAUGCCGCCCAAGAGAGGAGGCCGCGGCGGCAAGCGCGGGCCCGAUCUGUCUUGGGAGGAUGCCGACGAGAAUGCCCCUAAAGAUGCUGAGCUCUCCAAGAAAAUGCCAGGUCCCAGAUUCCCUCCCAUGAAGUUAAAAGUUCCUCGUCCUAUCGAUGCCUCGGAGCGUGCCAGCGUCAACGCCUACCUACAAUUCCGAGACCUCGCACGCAAAGGCCCCUAUUUUGCCAUUCUAGAACCCAGCCAUUUGACGGAUGCGAAAACCGGCAAAGUGCACAGCCGCCUGGGAUUUGAUCCUUUCAACGACCAGGAAAAAUACACGGCAAAGUUUCACAGGAGAAAACGAACGGCUCCGGAUCUGAGUACACGAGAAUACGAACUCCGAACAUUUCCAAAGGAACUAUGGCCGGGCCUUGAUCCCAAGCAGAAGAACCCCAUAUGGACGACGGUCGAUGCUGCUGCGAUCAUGGCAAGGUCGCAUAGACCCCUAAAACGUAAGCGCGAGGCACUACCAGCGGCCGAUGACGAUGAAGAAGAGAAGGAAGGGGAUGGCAAUGAGACGGAUGAGUCGGACCCACUUCUGACUGGCUCUCGAAGAGCCAGGAAUGCCACCAAAGCUGCCAAACAACGACGCGACGACUCAACAACUAAGAAGUCCAAGGAAAAGAAAGGCUUGGACGCCGAGGAUGACUACGGCGAUGAUGAUGCUCGAGACAACGACGAUGAUGACGACGACGACGACGGUGAAGAAGGUGCCGAGGCUGAAGAGCAGGACUCGGAGUUCGAUGAAUCCGAUGAUGCCGAUGGAGAUGAUUACAAUGCCGAACAGUAUUUUGAUACCGGUGAGGGUGAUGAGGACGAUUUUGGUGGCGAUGACGAUGGUGGGACAUACUAAUUGAUGGUCAUCUACCUACCCUCAGCGACGAUGGCUUGAACAACACAAUACCCCGAAUUCCUUUGUUUGUAAUGUACACAUUAUUGACACUGCUCAGCGAUGCCUACGCCGCGCUGACAUAGCCCCAAGUACCUACCUACUUUUCUU